AUGCCUUUCGACGCCACCUCAUUCGCCAAGGACUUUAUCGCCGGCGGUAUCUCCGCCGCGGUCUCCAAAACCGCCGUAGCUCCGAUCGAGCGAGUGAAGCUGUUGCUGCAGGUGCAACACGCCUCCAAGCAGAUUGCCGAGGACCAGCGAUACAAGGGUAUCAUCGAUGCCUUUGUGCGAAUUCCCAAAGAGCAGGGAUUCAUUUCUCUGUGGCGAGGCAACUUGGCCAAUGUGAUCCGAUACUUCCCCACGCAGGCGUUGAACUUUGCCUUCAAGGACAAGUUCAAGCAGAUUUUCCUGAACAAUGUCGACAAGAAGACCCAGUUCUGGCGUUACUUUGCCGGUAACUUAGCUUCAGGUGGUGCUGCCGGAGCCACCUCGCUGUGCUUCGUCUACCCACUUGACUUUGCCCGUACUCGUCUGGCCGCCGACAUCGGCACUGGCGGUCAACGCCAGUACAAUGGCCUGGGCGACUGUCUGGUGAAGGUUUUCAAGAGCGACGGUCUCAUCGGUCUCUACCGAGGAUUUAACGUCUCAGUGCAAGGUAUCAUCAUCUACCGUGCCGCAUACUUUGGCUUCUUCGACACUGCCAAGGGUAUGCUGCCAGACCCGAAGAACACUCCACUCGUCAUCUCCUGGAUGAUUGCUCAAGCCGUGACCACCGUCUCUGGCAUUAUCUCGUAUCCCUUCGACACUGUCCGUCGACGAAUGAUGAUGCAGUCUGGUCUGCCCGCCAACGAGCGUAUGUACAAGAACACCAUCCACUGCUGGGGCACCAUUGCCAAGACCGAGGGCUCCAAGGCCUUCUUCAAGGGCGCCCUCUCCAACGUCUUCCGCGGAAUGGGUGGUGCUUUUGUGCUGGUCCUCUAUGACGAAAUCAAGGCUGUGCUUGUGUAA